UUUCAAAAUGGUAACUGGCUUUCCCAGCUGCCCAGCAGUUUGGGAAUGCUGACACGACUGCGUAAACUUAUCGCCAAUGAGAAUCAGCUGAGGUUUUUGCCUGAGAAUAUUGGCGGGCUGGUUAGCUUAGAAUACAUUGAUUUAGGACAAAACCUACUACAGGUGUUACCCGAAUCUUUCUGUCAGUUAGUUGCAUUGAAGGUUUGUCUUCUCUCAAAAAAUCAUCUGGAGCAGCUCCCGGAAGAUUUUGGUAAGCUAACUCAAUUGGAAGAUUUCCGUGCAGACAAUAAUUUGAUUAAGGAACUACCAAAAUCAUUCUGCCAGCUAGUCAACUUAAAGACAUUUGAUUUAUUCAAUAAUAAGCUGAAAGAGAUACCAAGAGUUCUAGAGUAUUUCACCAAGCUCACCAGGUUGGAUAUUGACAUGAAUGAUUUCAAUAUUAACUGCGAGGCAGACAUUCCACAGAUUGUCCAUGUACCAGAAUAUCCAGAACGUGACCCAGGCUCUGAAGAACAACUGGCGAGGAAAAGGCAGACAGGACUUGGUGAAAACUAACAUUAUCAAAGUUUACGGUGAUGAACAGAGUUCUGUUGAAGAAGAUGAUGUGAGCAAAAAUAGAAAAGAAGCACAGUGGAAUCAUAGUGCACUGAAAAUGGCCAUGAGGAGGAACAUGUCGCUAUGGAAAUCACAUACGAGCGAAGCAUAUGAACGGCAAAAGUAUGUCAGACAAGAGAAUGUAAUUGCCGAUCAUGUCAUUGAUACUUCGGUGUUUUCUGAUGGGGACGAAGAUGAGAAUGAUGGGAAUGAGCAAAAA